AUGUACGAAGAAGUUCGUCUUUUGGCAGGAAUUGUUUCGCUGCCAAUCUUCAUUUGCAACGUAAUUGGAAAUGCACUUGUCGUUGCAGUUGUUAAAAUGAACAAAAAGAUGCAAUGUCCAAACACUUAUCUGCUAUCUUGGCUCGCUUUGAGCGACCUAAGUUUUGGAUGUAUUGCAGAAACCAACAUCUACUUAUUGGCAACUGGUUUCGAUGGCCGUCUGUAUGGAACAUAUAUGUUUCAUACUUUGCAGUCGAUUCUCGUUUUGACCUUGCUUUCGAUCGAAAGAUACCUUGCAAUUUUAAAGCCGUUCUACUACAAAGCUAACGUUACGAAGUCUCGUGUGGGAAAACUCCUUGUGAUAAAUUCGGCCUUCACUGCAAUCGUUUCUGCCCCAAGUUACCAUCUAUUGGGAAACGGUUAUGUCAGGCUGGAAUUUUGCACAAAUCCAAAUUUAAACGAGGCUGCCACCAUGGGUUAUUUGGCUGUUCUUCUGGUGAUCUCGAUAACAAUUCCUGGCAUUAUCAUGUUUUCUUGCUACUCUAGGAUAGUAAAACAUAUCUGGUUUAGCGACGAAGCUAAUAAACCAACGAACAAAGCCCUUUUGAGAUCUCGUUGGAAAUUGACCAAAAUUUUCAUAGCCGCGACAAUAGUUUUUGUCAUAAGUUGGUCGCCAUCUUUUGGAAUCCUUUCUGCCAAAAGCGUUCGAUGCAGCAAACGUUUUGUUCUUUCCGAAGCAAUCUAUAUUUUGUUAGCGAUGUUGGGAUCCAUGGCUAAUCCCAUAAUGUACUCCUUUCGUUGUCCAGGAUUCAGACAGGCAGUGAAAGUGUUGUUCAGCAAGAAGUGCUGCAAAAACGAUCGCACCGGCUCAAGAAAUACGACGCUGGACAGUAUAACGGGCAGAAUAUCGCGUACUGACAACCUGGGGAAAACCGAAGUGAUACUUCUCAGUGUGCGAAAGGCAUAGUAAACCACAAACGCUUGCGUGAAACAAUUGAUUGCAGUGAACGGAAAACUUAAAACAUUGAACCAGAAGUCUCUUAAAGGUGCAAUGUAUAGGUGAACUUCUUCAGUGUGACAAGGUUUGUCGAUAUGCAUUUUAAAAGGAGUGCGAGACAUUGUAGCAUUUGCCAAAUGAGAAACUUCGGAUUUGCCAGA